UUAAUUUCUCUCAGUUGCCCGCCACUUCACUUUUGAUGAUCAGGUUACAGAAUGGGUUAGUCGUUGGCUGGAUAUUCACGAAGAAGCUGAUAGGCAACAGGGGUCACGCCGAUUCGGGGCUCAAUGCAUAUAAUGUGCGGGACGAUGAUUGGCCAGAGGUCAAACGAAUCCUGGCACUGCAUUAUGCCGACAAGAGAGAUGUCGGGACCUUAGAAUACGAACUCAUGCAAAUGACCCAAUGGAACCAAACGUUAGAAGAAUUGUAUGAACAAAUCAACAAUCAUGUGUCCCUUAUUAUCAACCGCACUAAAGGCAGCAGCGACGACAGCAGCGACGGCAGCAGCGACAGCAGCAGCAUCGACAGCAGCAACAAGGCAACGGAAGACGGUGACCGCCCGCUAGCUACUUCAGCUAAAGCCGCGGCCCUCUUGAUAAGUACCCCCACUCCAACCGAUGACUGCAGCGCUAUCAACUUGACCCCAGCUAAAAAGUUGGGCUGAGCAAGCGCUGCCAUCGGUGUCGCAAUUUCCGACGCGGCUCUGGACCAAAAUAUGCUGGUGCAACGGGAUCUGCAGUCCGCAGCCUGCUCAACUGGGAGUUUUUAGAAUACUUUAGAUUUAGUUCAAGCCAUACCGCCAAAUGGAGCAGAACAACUUUUUUAUUCAAUAAAACCCAAUUGUAACGUUUGAAAAGGUUUACUGUUUUUAUUUUAACUUUAAGCCUUGUAUAAAAAAUAAUCUAAAUACCGAUCGAAAUAGAAGGAAGGAAGACCGGAGCUGAAGAUCAAAAAAGGAUAAGGAAUACGACAAUUAGACCACAGAAAUGGCCUUAAGCAACUGGGGCUUCAUCGAUCUGCAGGCUACGCUGAGUGCAGCUUUGGUCAAGAAAGACAUCCGGCUGUUCGUCGAGGCACUGGACAGCGGUGCACAGGCCGCUCUGCAGGACGACCGCCACACAUGCAUCUACGAGAAGGCACUAUCCACACCAGGCUGCUGGGAUUUCAUAGAGGCCUGCAUCGACCACGGCUGUCAGGUCAACUAUAUUAAUCAAAAGCUAAACAAGGCCGCAGUCAACUAUGCCGCCGACUCAAGGGAUCCCGGAAACCUGGCCGCUCUCCUGAGAGACCGCGAGGGAGCAAAAGUCCGAGUGGAUAGAAAGUACGCCCAGCUCACCCCACUCAACUCGCUGGCUAAGAAUCUCACAGAAGAUAAUGCCUCAGAUGUGCUCUCCUGCAUAAAGCUGCUUUUAGACUACGGCGCCUCGCCGAAUUUAAUUGACCAAGCCGAUUUCACGCCUCUGCACCACGUGUUGAGGAAAAGCGAGGUGAAGGCUCAGAAGCGGGAGCUGGUGCAGCUCUUCGUAAAUCACCCUGAGCUGGACAUCGAUAGCCAUCGCAAUGGAGAAGUGCGCCGGCUACUGGAGGACCAAUUCCCGGAGCUGGGAUUGCCCAAAGAGCGCCUGAGCGGUACAGAGAUCGACGUACAAACUCUUCGCCAGACUCUGCUGUACGGAGAAGAGAGCCUGUUUAAGACGCAAUUUGCCGAGUACCUCCAGAGUCACGAGGGCAAUGCGGACAACCAAGAGGAGUUCUUUAGCCUUCUGCGGGUGAGCGUUAAGCAGGGCAAGCAUAAUGCCUUCGAAGCCAUCAUUGCCUCUGGAAUCGACAUUAAUUGGAAGCCCGGCAAGACCAAAGAGGCCAAUAUCGUCGAAUUGGCCGUAAUCUGUGGCAACUGGCAAGCGUUGGAACGACUGCUGAAGGAGCCAAACCUGCGGCUUGACCCCAAAUCCAGUUUACUGAAUGCGGUAAUCGGUCACCUAGAGGAAAGGCCAUGCGAAAGCUCCAACCAUCAGCGCUGCUUUGACUUGCUCCUAAACAACGAUUGCGUGGACGUUAACGAGGCUGAUACUGGUCGUCAAGUGCCCCUUUCCUAUGCGGUGAAAUACCGAAAUACGACGGCUAUACAGAAACUCCUAAAGCACGGCGCCUACAUUGGCUCUAGGAGCGUGUUCGGAACGCUGCCCAUCAAGGACAUGCAACCCGAGGUGCUGGAGGAGCACUUUAACUCCUGCAUCACCACAAAUGGAAAAAGGCCCGGUGAACUUAAAUACGAGAUCAACAUCGACUUCAAGAAUCUGAUUCGUCAGGAGAGAGACAUUGGAGUGGGUAAGCCUGCCGCCCCCUCCAAUCAACUCCACGACGAAAUGGCCCCCAUUGCUUUCAUAGCUGAGACGAAAGAGCUGCGCCACCUGCUGCAUCAUCCGGUGAUCUCGAGCUUCCUCUUCCUCAAGUGGCACCGUCUUUCCGUGAUCUUCUACGUUAACUUCCUGCUCUACUGCUUCUUUACCGCCUCAAUCAUCACCCACACACUUCUUAAAUUUCACGCGAGUGAUCACAGGGCUCUUACCGCCCUAUUCUUAGUUUUUUCCUGUGUAGGGAUUGGCUAUCUAAUUAUUAGGGAGGGGUUCCAGUUCAUGAUGUUUCCAGUUCGGUAUAUUUUGUCCAUUACUAAUAUUAUGGAGGUCGCUCUGAUAAUACUAUCUAUAUGUACCUGCAUUGAAUCCAAUUUCGACAAAGAGACGAAGCGCGUCUUGGCUGUGUUCACCAUCCUGCUAGUCUCCAUUCAAUUCUGCCUGUUGGUGGGCUCAUUACCAGUGCUGUCCAUUUCAACGCACAUGCGCAUGCUUCGGGAGGUCUUAAGCAGCUUCUUGAAGUUCUUUGCCCUCUACUCGAUAUUUGUAUUGACCUUCAGCCUGUGCUUCCACAUCCUCUUCAGUAAGCCAAUAGAGGAAGGUGGGGCCUUCAACACGUUCACCAAGCCUAUCGAGGCCCUGAUCAAGACCAUUGUGAUGCUGACAGGCGAGUUCGAUGCAGGAGACAUUAAGUUUACGAGUUUCUACACCUACCUGAUCUUCCUGCUUUUUGUGUUCUUCAUGGCGAUUGUGCUGUUCAACCUGCUGAACGGUCUAGCCGUGAGCGAUACCCAGGUUAUCAAGGCGCAGGCGGAGUUGAACGGGGCCAUCUGCCGGACCCAAGUGCUGAGUCGGUAUGAACACGUUCUGACUGCACACGGACGAGCUGGGUUCUUGAUGGAAUUUAAGCUUUUCCGGACUAUCUGCCAGCGAUUGAUGAACGUUUACCCCAACUACCUAAGCCUGCGUCAGAUUAUCGUGCUGCCGAACGAUGGCAGACAGGUUAUUAUACCCACUAAUGAUUCCUUCGAAAAGAGGAACGAUGGCAGACAGGUUUUUAUUUUCAUUAAUAAUUCCUGCGAGAUGAGGACGUUGGAAGGCAACAGUCAGGCCGGUAAGCCCCAGAAGAAGUUUCUAGACCCGCCUCUGAAGCUCUUGACCUGCUGCUGCUCCGGAUUCACUGGAAGGUGCUCCCAGAUGGACGUUCGGACGGUCAAGAUGGCCCUGGCGGUGAUCGACCAAAAGAACAGCGCGGCGCAGAGGCGAAAGAAGGAACAGAUCAACGACAACCGAAUGAAACUGAUCGAGCGCCAGUUAGAGCAGUUGAUACAGCUGGGCCAGGAGCGAAACUGAUGGAGACUCGAUCAGGUUUUUUAUUUAGACUAAUCCGCUGCUGAGAUCGCAUUUAACUUUUUAUACCCUUGCAGAGGGUAUUAUAAUUUCAGUCAAAAGUUUGCAACGCAGUGAAGGAGACAUU